AUGGGAAACGGCGCCUCAGUCGGGGAGAACCGCCACUCACAGCUGUUCCAACAGGGCUACAAGUCCCUCCAGGAGGGACGCUACACGUACGCUGAGAUUUAUUACGACCAGGCCAUUGAGAGGCACGAGGGCCAUUCAUUUUGGAUCCGCCUUGAUGAUCUUAUAGAGUGGGAAAGGAGGGACAAGGCUGGCCAAAAAGGAACGGAUGCAAAGCAGAAGACAACAUCUCGGGAUGGAGGGCAGGAAGAAGCCGCGUUUCCAGAAGUAAGAAAAGACUCCAUGAAGGAAGAAAAUGAAGUGAAUGUUGAGAUGGGGGAGGCGGCUGGCGUGGGCGGCUCUGGGAAGAUUGAAAUUCCGUUGGACAGCCGGCUGGCGGACAUCGUGGAUUAUCUUGUGCUGCGUGCCGAUAUUGCGGAAUCUUACAUGGCAGAAGGCCGAUACGAGGAGGCGACGCCGCACAUGGACUUUCUCUCCUCCCACACACGUGUGAUGUUAAAAUUUCUUCAGAUCGCCCGCAUGACAAAAGCGGAGGAAUCCGCCAAUUCGUCCAACCCGCUGGGGGGGUCGACGGCUGAAGCAGGCGCUGACAACGCUGGGGGAGGGAAUCGUCGAGCACACCAAGGCUUUAUGAUGGUGUCUGACCUUGAGCGGGAGUCCAUACUUGAUUGUUUUGAACAGUUUCUACGCAUGCAGUGGGUCUCUGCCAUGGCAAACUCCGUCUUCAUCGUCUCCGAAAGGUUUAAAAAGGGAAAAAGUGAAAAGAAACACAAGAAGGAGCUUGACACUGCUGUGGUGGCAUGCGCAAAGAUCCAGGAGGAGCUGUACAACGUUGCCAAGCGCCGUGCGAGGAGCCUGUCAAACAGUGUUGUGCUUUCUUUUCUUGAGGGCGUUAUGGAGGAAUUGGAUGCCGAAUCCUCCACGACGUCCAUUACAAAUGAACGUGUGAGUACUGCCAGUGGUAAGACACGUAACAACACAUUAUUUGAAGAGCAGAACAAUAGGUCGACGGGCAAUAGGAGCGUCAAUGAAAUCGAUAUGUUGGCAGAUCGCGACGAAUGCCCCAUCAAGGUGCACCUCCAAAUGGUGUAUGACCGACGUUCACUAUGCCGUGAAGUACCCGCGCCACAACAGGCGCCUACACUGCGGUACAUUACAUGGAUUGAUGAUGAGAUUCGCCGUGUUGUGCCCGGCACGAAUUAUAACCUCGAGAUUCAGUGCGGCAUGGUGGACGAAAAGCGGAAGAAACAGCUACAAAAACGUUCUUUGAAGUUUGCCGCCCAAAGGAAUUGCAACUACAACGAUCGCGUCCUCUUGGGAAAGAGCUUCGACGAAGAGAACGCGCUGCUUUUAUUCCCAGUCUUUCUUAUUCAAGCCGACGUGCAGUUUGAACUUGGCGCCGCCACAAAAGGUAUUAAUGCCCUCGACAUUGUUGACAAGCUUUCCACGCAGCUCUACGGCGUGGGAUCCCUGGAGCGGCAGAGCAUCAUGCGGUCUGUGAUGGAGUCCCGCAAGCGUGGCGGCUCCCUCUUUAUGAUGUUUGAGGAUUAG